AUGGCAAAAGAAAGCAAGGUCAAUAAGUUAAUGCAAGCAUCUUAUUCUGAUGAAGAAGAUUUUCAAUCUUCCGACGAUGAAAUAGAAACGAAGGUACACGCAAGAAUCAAGACCAAAAUAAGAGACCUUGCUGACCAUGACGAAUCCAGCGAUGACUUCGAAGAAGAGGACGGUCCUGAAAUAGAUGAGGAAGAACUUGACGAUGACCACUUGAUACUCGGUAUAAACACAGAAGUGGAAGGUUUUGAAGAUGAAGAGGAAGACCAAGAAGAACAUGAAGAAGAAAUAGCGGAUAACGAGGAGAUUCUUGGAAAAUCUCAAAAGGAAUCGAAAGCUUCUAAGAAAUUGGGUAAGUUGAAGAAUCUCACACCAGAGCAGCUUAUGAAGGAACAAAAAAGAAUCAAGAAGACAGGUGUCUGCUAUAUUUCGAGAGUCCCUCCCUAUAUGAAGCCAGCUAAAUUAAGAACAAUUCUCUCAAGGUUUGGUGAAAUAGAUCGUCUCUUCUUAAAGCCAGAAGAUACAAAAAUAUAUCAGAAAAGAGUAAAAUACGGUGGUAACAAGAAAAAGAACUUCACUGAAGGUUGGGUGGAGUUUGUGAGUAAAAAGGAUGCCAAACUUUGCGAGGCAAGUUUGAAUGGCCAAAUCAUUGGGGGAAAGAAGACAUCUUACUAUUAUGACGAUGUCAUGAACAUCAAAUACUUAUCAGGAUUCAAAUGGAUGGAUUUGACUCAACAGAUUGCUAAGGAAAAUGAAAUGAGACAAUCAAAAUUAUCUAUGGAGAUUUCUCAACAACAGAAACUUAACAAGAAUUUUAUUGCAAAUGUAGAAAAGUCAAAGAUGAUUCAAAAUAUACAGAAAAAGAGGAAGUCUAAGGAAGAGCAGGUCCUGUCAAAGUCAGAUAAUAAAGAUGAAGACAAGCCAAUCGAAAUAAGGAGAAAUUUUAAACAGAGAAAACUCAACAGUACAAGGGCAGAUGCAGAUGAGAACUUGAAGGAGAAAUCAAGGCCCAACCAAAAGUUAAAUGACGUUCUCUCUAAGGUGUUUUAG